AUGCUUGGACUUUCCCUAAAAAACAAUUAUGGACUUAAAUUUCUUGACGUCUCCUGGAACGGUUUCUCAAAAGAUGGUGCAUGCAGUCUCUGCGAAGGUCUCCAGUCGAACCAGACGCUGCAGGAACUUAACGUCAAGGCAAACCGGAUCAGCUUGGAAGCCUGCUUAAAAGUCUCCAGUGCCCUGGCAGCAAACUGUAGCCUUAGAGUCUUGCGGCUGGUUGCUACUCUUUCGGCACCCAUUUGUGCAGUGCUCCUGUAUUCCGUUGACAAGAGCGGUACAGAACUGCAGCAGCACUUCAUUUUGACCGCGAGUGUAGAACCUCUUCGAAUGAUGCUCGUCGUGGAAGAAAGCAGACUCUGA